AGAAUAUUGUUUCAUUGUUCAUUGUUUCAUUGUUUUAUGGGUGUAAAAGAACUUUGGACAGUUUUAACCCCUCAUGCUGAGCGCAAGCCGAUAAAUGAGCUUCGCGGCAAGAAAGUGGCCAUUGAUUUGGCCGGCUGGGUGUGCGAAAGUCUGAAUGUGGUCGACUAUUUUGUGCAUCCGCGGCAUCAUCUAAAAAACCUUUUCUUUCGCACCUGCUACCUUAUAUGGGAGCAAGUCACUCCAGUGUUCGUUUUGGAGGGAGUGGCUCCGAAACUGAAGGGCCAAGUGAUUACCAAACGAAAUGAGCUGCAGUUUCGAGGAGUAAGACCCAAGGAUGCAGCCACUGGCACGCAAACUGCUGCAAAAGUAGACAAAGGACGGACCCGCUUCAACCAUGUCCUGAAACAGUGCGAGACUCUGCUGCUCUCAAUGGGAAUUCAGUGUGUCCAAGGCCCAGGCGAAGCGGAGGCCUACGCUGCCUUCCUCAACAAGCACGGAUUGGUGGAUGGCGUCAUUAGCCAGGAUUCGGAUUGCUUUGCCUACGGUGCUAUACGGGUGUAUCGCAACUUCUCAGUGUCCACCCAAGGGGCCCAGGCUGCCGCUGGGGGUGCUGUUGAUAUCUACGACAUGCGGGAGAUUACGAGCCGCAUGGAUUUUGGCCAGCACAAGAUUAUUGUGAUGGCUCUUCUAUGCGGCUGUGACUACUGUCCAGAUGGCAUUGGGGGUAUUGGCAAAGAUGGUGUCCUAAAACUGUUCAACAAGUACAAGGAAUCGGAGAUCCUGGAUCGGUUGAGGAACUGGCGAGCCGAGACAGAUAAGUACAAUGCUCUGGAGAUGCGGGUGGAUGACAAAUCCAUCUGCAGCAACUGCGGACACAUUGGGCGGACGCAGAGCCACACGAAGAGCGGCUGUAGCGUCUGUCGCACUAAACGGGGCUGUGACGAGACCUUGUGGAAAGAACAACGCCUUUCCAUUAAGGCGGAGCUGAUCCUACGCCGAAAGGCCUUGUUGGCUCCAGAGUUUCCCAACGAGGAGAUAAUAUCCGAGUUUCUCAGCGAGCCCCCAACGAUACCAAAUCUAAAUCUUGGCUGGCGGCAGCCGAAUCUCGUGAAAUUCAUCAAGCAGAUAGGGCAUCUGCUGCAGUGGCCGGAAAUCUACUGCUUUCAGAAGUUCUUUCCGAUCCUCACCCGUUGGCAGGUGCAGCAGGCGGCCAGGACCAAUGCGAUAGAACGAUUGGAGCUCGUUCAGCCGGUGGAUAUCAUCAAGAAGCGUACCGUGAAGGGAGUGGCCAGUUUGGAGCUGCGCUGGCAGGAUCCCAGUGGCAGUUUCCAGGGACUCAUACCAGACAAACAGAUUUCAGAGUUCGAGCUGGAACAUCCCAAGGGCAUCGAAGAGCUCUACUAUACCGUGGAGCCGCUGGACAUGCUGGAAGCUGCGUAUCCCGAUCUCGUGGCAUCCUUUCUCAAAUCCAAGGAGAAGCCCCCGAAGAAGGCCACGCGAAAGAAGAAGACCGAUCCCCUGAGCGCCAUCGAGAACAUCCCAGAAACAUUAGAUAAGCAGAAGGCGAACCCAGCGAAACCGAAGCGAGUGGUCAAAAAGAAAAAGGCUCAAACGGAGCAGUCUCAGCCUUCACUGCAACAAUUCCUCAGACGGGAGAAAAUAGGGGGGACUCCUGUGAAGAAUUCUCUGCCACAAAUGGCACAAUUGCCACAGAAAUGCUCCACACCCAUCACCAAAUUCUUGCCUUCGGAUCUCGAAAGCGACUGCGACGAGGUAGAGUUCGACAUGUCCGAUGUAGUCAAUGGAAUCAUAUCGAAUCCGAAUGCUCGACCAACUGUGACAAGACACGAAGGACGACAGUUGCACUACGAGGCCUUAUCCGACGACCUGAGCAUGCGUCUGGCCCAACUGAGUCUAAGGAAGGAUGAGCUCCAGGAGGAGCCUCUACCUCCAGUUGCUGAACACAAAAGGGAUCUCUCGCUGGUCGAGCACCUGCCGCAGAGCAAGCGUCUCUCUCUGGACGAUAGCUUUGAUCUGCUGGUGAAGGGCGAUCUUAAGAAGGUUCCCCACUUGAUACAGCCAAUUAGGACUCCCGUGGACCGCUUCAAGCACCAGCAUCGCAUAAGUGAGCAUCUUCCACAGCCUGCUGUCGAGCCUGCUGCAAACGUGAGCUACUUCUUCAAUCAAAGCAGUGAUAAUGCCGAUGCCUUCGAGCAGUUGAUGAACUCCAGCCUGGGAAUCCAAGAGCAGGCAGAAGGGGAUGAGGAGGAGGAAGAUGAUUUGGUGGUAAUCAGUGAUUAGGCUUACAGUUUAUAG